AUGGAAGCAUUAAGAGGGAUAAUGUGGAGUGAAAUUGGGCUUUCCGUGGUAGCUUUUCUUGUUAUUAGGAUUGUCCGUUGGUUUUAUGCUUGGUCGAACCCCCCAGUGAAUGGUAAACUGCCUCCUGGUUCAAUGGGUUUGCCAAUUAUUGGAGAAACCCUCUAUUUUAGUGAAUUUCUGGGAGAAGAAAACAUGCUCACACAGCAUGGUAUCUUUCAUAGAUACAUGAAGAAUUUGAUUCUGCAUCUUGUUGGUCCUGAAAGCUUGACGGGAAAGCUUCUCUGUCAAAUGGAUGAAGCAACUAGCAGACAUAUAUGUUCAUGGGCUUCCCAUGGCAGUGUCAACGUUAAAGAAGGAAUUGCUGAAGGAAGUAAAAAGGCAAUUAAGGGGAUUACAGAUACCUACCAUGAGAGAAAAGCAACGAAAAUUCCUCAGAAUGAUUUCUUGGAUCGGUUAAUUGAAGAAGUAGAGAAGGAAAACGCAUUUCCAGAUGACGGUAUUGCAAUUAACAUGCUGUUUCUUGUUCUCUUUGGUGCUUUCGAAAGCACUUCUGAAGCCAUCACUUUGCUUACCAAGUUUAUUUCUGACCAUCCUCAAGUUGUUCAAGAAUUAACGAAAGAGCACGAGGCAAUUCUUGAAAGAAGAGAAAGUGAGAAUUCUGGACUUACAUGGGAAGAAUAUAAAUCAAUGACUUUUACACAUGGUGAGAUGUUUAAGAUGGCAAAUAUUGCAACAGUGAUUUUCAGGAAAGUAGGGAAAGAUGCAGAGAUAAGAGGAUAUACAAUUCCAAAAAGGCGGAUAGUUAUGGUGGCGCCAGCCGUGGUUCACUUGAAUCUUGAGAAAUACGAGAAUCCUCUUGAUUUCAAUCCGUGGCGUUGGAAGUGACAAGAUUUACGUUCUGGAUCAAAGACUUUCAUGGCCUGGGGCAGCGGCACAAGGCUUUGCGUUGGAGCCGAUUUUGCAAAGCUCCAAAUUGCAAUUUUCCUCCAUCACUUCGUCAUUAAAUACAGGUAUAAUCAAUAA